AUGGAUAUAGAACAUUAUGAUAAACAGAAAGUCAAUCGCCAUAACAAAAAUUCCUCUGUGACUUGCUUGUUUUGUGGAAAAGCGAAUCGUGUUCAAAGUAAGUGUUGGGAAUUCAAGAAGAACAAAAAAAGAAUUGCCAAGCUUCAGAAUGAUAUGCAAAAGAUGAAUCUGGCAUUAAGUAACCAACUUAGAUCCUCUGAUGUUAUGAAGAAGUAUCGAAGAACCAGAGUCAGGCGAGGUGCUAAGAAAGCAAGUCAAUAUAGACCAAUUGGAUUGAGUAAUGUAUUAUUCAAAAUUUUCACAAAGAUAAUUUCUGUCAGAAUGAAUGGACUCAUGGAGAAGUUAAUUUCAUCACAACAGGCUGCUUAUGUUAAAGGAAGAAGCAUUCAAGAACAAAUACUUCUAGCUUCAGAGAUGGUAAAUGAAAUGAGGAAAAAGAGAAGAGGCGGUAAUGUGGCUUUUAAACUGGACAUAUCACAGGCUUAUGAUUCUGUAAGUUUAAUGGUCAAUGGAGGACCAUGUGGCUUUUUCUCAAUGCAUAGGGGUCUUAAGCAGGGUGAUCCAUUAUCCCCUAUUUUAUUUAUUUUGAUGGAAGAUGUAUUGAGUAGAAAUAUCACAAAUUUGGUUAAUACAUGGCAGAUAACUCCAAUGGUAGUUAGAAAUGGAAUAUAUCCAACACACUUAUUUUUUGCUGAUGAUGUUUUCUUAUUCUAUAAUGGAGCUAAGAAUACUUUGUUUUGUCUAUUUAAGCUGAUUGACAAAUAUCAACAUAGCUCUGGACAGAUGAUUAACAAAGCCAAAAGCAAGUGUUUCAUUGAUGGUACUAAUUCAACCAGAAAGCAACAAAUUAGCAGCAUAGUUGGUAUGGAUAUAUCCAAUUUUCCUGAUAAGUAUCUUGGUAUCAUUCUAGCUCCAAGAAGAGUAACUACUGAAAUGGUCUGGCCAAUAGUUCUUAUGCUUCAGAGCAAACUUGCAGCUUGGAAAGGAAGAUUAUUAUAUUUUCAUGAUAGACUGAUUCUUGUAAAAACAGUUUUGUGCAGCUACCCUCUUUACAAUAUGGCAGUUUAUAAAUGGCCAUCUUCAGUUAUUAAGAUAUGUGAAAAACUAAUAAGGAACUUUCUAUGGUCAGGUGAUGGAGAGGUUACAAAGUACAAAACUUUAUCUUGGAAGAAGAUCUGUGUGCCAUAUAUUGAAGGUGGCUUGGCUAAGUUCAAAGAUAAAUAUGGUAUAUGGUUUUCAAAAUGGAAAUUAUCAUCAGUAAGAGCAGGUUUGCAAUGGGCUUGGCUUACUUUACAAGAAGACAUCUCUUGGAAGAUUGGAAAUGGUGCUAGCAUCUCAGUAUGGUUUGAUAACUGGUAUGGAUCAUCCCCACUAAUUAAUGAAAUUGGUUAUACUGAUUUUGUUCAUAACAAUAUGCAGUUGAAAGUUCAGGACUUAAUCAUUAAUGAUCAAUGGAAUAUACAUCCUCAGUUGCAGCACUUGUUACAGAUUGAUAACUUACCUCAUAUUCACAGUGGAAAUGAUUCCAUAAUAUGGAACCUACAUAGUAGUGGAAUGUUUAAUAAUGCAAAGGCAGUGGAGAAAAUAAGACACAGGGAAGACAAGGUAGAUUGGUCUUCUUAUAUAUGGAGGAAAUCUUUGCACCCAACUAUUGCCAGCAACAUUAGGAAGCUUCUACAAGGAGUUUAUGUGAAUGAUGACAUGAAAAGAAAACAAGGAUAUGAAAUGCCUUAUAGAUGUUGUAUCUGCAAAUCAGAGCAGGAUUUUAUGGAGCAUACACUGUGGCUUUGUGAAUUCAGUGUUCAGAUUUGGAAUUGGCUUGGCAAUAUGUUUCAAUUUCCCAGGCCAUACCCUUUUUCAGAAGUUUUUUCUGCAGCUAAACAACACAGUCGUAUCAUUGAUGAAGUAUGGAUAAUCUCUGCUUGUACUGUCAUUAAGGAGUUUUGGUUUCAAAGAAACAGAGUUUUCUUUGCAGGAGGUGAUGUUAAUAUUCAUGGUUUCAAGCACGGGGUUAUGAAGAUUGUUCAAGAUCAUGGUGUCAGAAUAAAAGGGGUCAGGUGGAACAAUGACUAUGAAAACCAAAUUCUUAGUCACUUUAAAAUUGAUUCUUAA